GUGGUGCAAAAAUUUUGAUACGAAAUUUUAAUAUUUAUCAUGUAGAUUUCUGUUGCUGCGUUAAGUUCUCAACGACUAGCAAAGUUAAUAUUGGGUUAUCCAAGUGUACAUUGGCCGGACUUGGUGCACGGAAUAGUUUAUGCCUUGAAGCUGACUUGUGUUUAUAUGGGCAUGAUCUUGAUGAUUCAACAACUCCCGUAGAAGCCGGACAAUCGGAAAACGUCGAAUUCUCUCAACUUGAAGAUGGUGUUGCACGUCGUCGUGUUGGUCUUAUUACUGAGGGUGCACCUGCAAGAGAAAAAAUGGUUCUACCGCUACCACCAGCACGUGCACCACAAACACUUCAAGAAGCACAAGUUUUGUAUGAAAAAAUCAGAAUAGUAGCAUUAUGGCUGGAUUCGAUCCCGUUGCUUCCUAUCCCAAUUGGUUUAGAUGCUAUAAUAGGGUUUGUUCCGGUAGUAG